UUGAGAAUUGGUGUCUGGUGGGAACCCGCCGGCCCCCGGUAAUGCCUAUGACAGGUGAUCCAUACGGGGCCCAGGAGAGGGUCGCGGCGGCUGUCAGUUGGCCGCAGGCACCACCACGGCACCACGCAGCGCUAUGGUAUCGGGGCGUGAGCCGCCUUCGCGGGGUUUGGUGCUGGUGGUAAGGGUGGUGCUGGUGUUGACCACCCUCGCCGUGGUCCACGGCACCAGAAGGAACAAAAAGACCAGCAUUUACGACCACGUCGGCGGCUGCUGGCCGGGCGAGGUGAGCUACCGGCUCGGCGAGGACAUCAUCUGCUACAGCCUGACGCCCAAACUGCCCUUCGCCCUCGCGCUGGCCGCCUGUCGCAACAUCUCCGGCCGCCUGGCCACCAUUCACAGCCAGGAGCACAACGACGUGCUGUACAAGAUGCUGAACGAAUCGGCGUUUAUCGGCGCUGUGGCGCGGAAACACAUGGUGAGCCAUCCGCUGGGGGACUUUGGUCCUGGGAUUAUUUGGAGCUGGAUGAAUGGAGAGGCUCCCGUCUUCACCAAUGUCCUGCAGACGGAAACGGAAGGCUUCUUCAAGCAGCCAGACGGUGGCGGUUUCGAGGGAUGCAUGGAACUGAUGAAACAUCCCGUGCUGGAAAAUGAUCCGGGAAAUGGGUUCUGGGGAGACACCGACUGUCGAGCUCCCAAGCCGGCACUCUGUGCACGCAUGGGUCACGUGAAGCGGCCAUUGUCCAAGUACCCGGAGAAACAGUGGCAGUUUGAGCUGCGGAAGGACCGGCGUGCUGCCUGCGCCACAGGCUUCUCUCGAGUGGGAGUGACGUGGGCUGGUGAGUCACACAGCAGGUCCACAUGUCUGAGCGAACGUCAGGAUGCCGGCGACUUCACGGAGGCCACACGUCGCUGCCAGGAAAUGAACCCAACUGCUACCGUCGCCCGUCCGUCCAGACUGGCGGGUCGGCGCCGCUGGGUGCCCUCCCUUAGCGCAGGGGAGGUGGGCCUGCAGUGGGCCGGAGCCGACAGGAGGAACGCGCUCUUCCAGUGGCAGUGGCAGGUGGACGGUAGUCGUGUGCCACCGUCAGCCUGGGCUGCCGGAGAGCCGCGCGAUGGACCUGGCGAGGACUGCGCCGCAUACGACCCGGCCCGGCGUGGUAUGGUAGCUACAGAUUGCCAGAACAAGCUGGAGUUUAUCUGUGAGACUGCAGCGCACGGUUGCGCCAGCGGCUUCCACGUCUCGGCCACAGGUCUGGAGUGCGUAAGGGAUGACUGGAAGGACUGCGAUGGAUCGGAAGAGUACGUAGACACACCAAACAAGAAGGCCUGCACCGCGAAACUCUGUCCUCUCGGCUGUCCGUCCGGCUACCAUCAGCUCGGUCACAAGUGCCUACUGGUGAACGAUACCGCCUCCUGGUUCAAAGAAAAUUCGAACGGAUGCCGGAAGCAGAUGAUGCGAGUCAUGAUACCUAAAGAUCCGACGGAGAACGAGUUCUUGCGGCGGCAGACGCAGCGCACCGGUCGCCCACUGUGGAUGGUGUACUCCAAGGCCACUGGGUUCUCGCGCUGGCACCAGUACGACUCCUACGGUCUGCCGGGCGAACCCAAUGAGCCCACAACCCUCCCCAGGCGGCCGGUGAAAAUUAGCCUCACGUGUCCGAUCAUCUGGUUCGACGGAGAGGCGAUGGAUGUGGACUGCUUUGGAGAGUUUCCUGUGGUCUGUCAGCGACUCAUUAAGUGGAAGGACUGCGCAGAGGCAGUCGAGAAGCUGAAGGCCACCUUGUAGACGAAACAUUAGCAGAUGGCUGGUUGAAUUGACAGUGUGUUUUCUUAGGCCUGUAUGUAAAAUACAAAUAUUGAGUUUGA